UGUCAAAAGGAACCUGGAGGACGGGACGAGGAGAGGUGGACGAGGAAGGAGGAGAGCAGGAGGAGACUCGGGUGGUGCAGCCAUGUCAGACACACCUUUGCAGAGGAACGGCACUGCCACAGCACCGAUGUCGUGUGAGGAGGCUCAGCUCCACAAAGAGAGGCUGCAGGCCUUGGCGGAGAAGCGAAAACGUCAAACUGAGAUCGAGGACAAACGAGGCCAGCUCGAUGACAUGGUGCUGCAGCUGCAACAUCUCAAGUCCAAAGCCACGCGAGAGCGAUGGCUCCUCCAGGGAACGGGUCUGGAGGAAGAGAACGUCCGAAGAACACAGCUGGAGCAGGAUGAAGAAAAAGGGAAGAGGCUGGAAGGCCUGAUACACAGUCUGGAGUCUGACAUCGUCACACUGGAGAGUGAAGAGUCACAGAUCUCGGCCAAGGAGCAGGUUCUACGAGAACGACUGAAAGAGACGGAGCGCUCGAUAGAAGACCUGCAGAAGAGUCUGAUGGCCCAGGAUGGAGAUGCCACCUGCUGCAUGUCGGCCCCCCUGUCGGACUGCACGGACCCCAGCCCCAGCCACCUCGGCCUGGCCACGCAGCCCCGGAGCGGCCCACCUGCCUCGGGAGAGCACGCCAUACCAAGACCUGCAAUGUUCGCCAUGGAGAUCAACGUGCAGCACGACCCCCACACCGGCGAGCAGCGCAUCCUGUCGGCGAACCGCGUGAACCCGGUGGACGCGGCGGCGCGUGGCGUCAAAAUCUUCGACGAUGGCAGGAAAGUGGUCUACGAGGUCACCGCCUCUGGGGGCGUGUCCACCACCAGUGUGGAGAAUGGUUGGAGCUCCUCGCAGGUCGACCAGCUGAUCCAGCGAGCUGCCAGGCCCGCGGCUGGAGGAGAUGGCGGGAGAGGUCAGGUGAGGGUGACCCCGGCUGUCCCACAGGCCUACAUUUCCCCGGCAGAUAUGGAGGAUCUGUCUCCGCCCUCCUGCGCCCCGCCAUCGGUCCCUUCUAGCCCACCAGCCCAGGUCACCCUCCAAAGGGAGACCCGGCUGGGCAUGAUCCCCCCCACCGCUCCUGUCACGACCCAGCCGGCCUCCUCGGCCCACCCGGGCAACGGGCUCUCCAGCCAGCCUCAGGCCACCACGGAGCACCCAAUCACCAUGGUGUUCCUCGGCUACCAGGACGUUGAGGACACGAGCGAGAGCAGGCGGCUGCUCGGCUUCGACGGCGCGGUGAAGGCCGAGGUGGUCCUGAUCGACGAAGACGACGAGAAGUCUCUGAGGGAGAAGACGGUCACCGACAUGUCCAUCAUCGACGGCACGGCGGCCGACCUGGUGUCGGGGCGGCCGGCCACGUCCGAGGCCGUCAGCACGGAACUGUCCUCUGACGGCCGUGAUCCUGACAGCGCCUCCUCGCCACCCGCCAAUGACGCCAACACGGCCCCCCCACCCGGCCUCACCCCCGCCACAGGCUACAUCAAAACGCCCGAGGUUGCCUUGACAACAACGAACGGCUAUCAAGCUCCCAUGCCGAUCAAACAUCCUCACACUGCCCUGAAAUCGUGGCGGGCAGCCGAGGAUGUCAGUGACUCAACGCCGAGAGAGCGAGCCCUGAAGAGCGUCAGUUUCCAGGAAUCGGUCAGCGUUAUCACCGACAGGCCCGCAAGCAUGGAGCUGGAGAGCCAGCAGAUGCAACAUGGCUGCCUCGGCAGUCCCAACAACCGAGCCCACGGCGAAGAGGAGACUCCUGACAGCAAGGUGGCUCAGGAGAUCCGUUACCUGGACCAGGUGUUAGACGCAGCCUCAGAAACACCCACUAAUGGAACCUCGUGUCCGUCAGAUCACCACAAACCAAUCAGCGUUGACAGAAGCUCCCCCUCUGUCUGUGUGUCAGCCUCCCCUCCUGUCAAUCACCAGCCCGUCAUCGUUGAGGGGCCCAGACAGACAACGUUCGUCCACCAGGACGACUCCCCGGUCAGAACCAACGGGCACGUGCAGGGGGAGGAGUCGGGGCCCGGCAGGGCGAAGUUUGAGCUGAGGGCGUUUCAGGAGGAGAGGCGGCCCGCGAAACUCUUUUCCCCCGGAGAGGAGCAGCACGUCAGAGUGACGAGGACACGACCCACAGAGGAGGUUCACGAGUUGGAGCGUGAGCGUCAGGAACUGAUCAAAGACCAGGCUGUGAAGAAGAAUCCAGGCAUCGCCAGCCGCUGGUGGAACCCUCCUCAAGAGGUUCCUUUGGAGGAGCAGCUGGAAACCGACAAGCUCGAAUCGCUUAAGAAAUACCAGGAGAGGAAACAGCAGAGGCAGAAUUAUACCUACACAUACACACAGCCGCAGGUGUCAGGCCCUCCGUCAGUGGUGACCUUUGACCCCGAGCUGACCAGGAAGGAGGACAUUGUGGAGAAGCAGAUUGACUUCUCCUCUGCCAGGAGGCAGUUCCUGCUUGGGGAGACAACAAGGAAGGACGUGGCUCCUCAGAUAUAUUCAGCCAAACCUUUCUGUAAAGCCACAACCAGGAGCAGCCAGGGGAGCGGGGACAUCGCUGACCCCGGAGAGAGUCACGUGACCUGGUCUGACGAAGGAAUCGCAGGUGAAUUCACGUGUGCACGAGCCGUCAUGAAGAUCCUGCGUGAGGAAGAGGAAGGGAAGGGUCAUUUCCUUCCGACCUACAACCCGGAGGAGUCCGACUCGGGGUUGGACGACCUAUCUGUCCGCUCUCAGGACACCACAGUGUUUAGCUUGGAUAAUGUUUCCGACAGCGGGGCUUCGCUACCCCCUACCCCGCUGCCACUGACCCCGGUGUCACCUCCCACCCCCCAGCCCACCACACCAGUCAACGGGCAGGCCAAUGGCAGUCCAACAGAAGACGAGCUGGAGUUCCACGCCGGGGUGCUCGUCCAAAACGCCAUCCAAAAUGCCCUGGCGGCUCAGAACGACGGGGAGUGGCAACGAUUGGACUUGGAUUCUUCCCAGUACAGCACUCCGGUGUCUCCAUCCUCAGCUUCCACCAGUAGUCCAGUGCCAGUCUCCUUCUCCCCUGUGUCUUCUGGUGGAGGUCCAAGUCUCCAGUCGCCUGUGUCCUCCAGUCCAGCUCCAUCCAACCCGUCCCCUCUGCCAGAAAGGUGUCCAGAGGUGAGAGUCACUCCCGAAGAGAAACCGUCAGACUUCCUGGAGACUCAGCAGCCACAACUCCAGACGCCUUCCCCGCCGCCAUCUCAGACUGUCUCCCCCCCGCAGAGAGCCAAAAACGGGGGCCCCAGGAUCAAAAUCCAGUCCUCUUACGCCAGGGCGCUUGCUUCCUCAUCUCUGGCUCAAGCUCCUGCCACAACCGCUCCCGUCUCCAGGCCGACCCCAGUUUAUCGCCCACCUUCCCCUCCGAGCCCGGAGAAACCGGAGUUCAGCUACUUCAGUAAAUACUCCGAGGCGGCCGAGCUGCGCAGCACGGCUGUGGCAGCCCGAUGCCCCGAGCCGGAGGCGGCGGCCAGCGGCCCGUUCCGCCUGCGCUCCAAGAAGCAGCGAACAUUGUCCAUGAUUGAGGAGGAGAUCCGAGCGGCUCAGCAGAGGGAGGAGGAGCUGAAGAAGCAGAGGGAGACGGUGCCUGUGGUGAAAGUCCGCCCCAGCAACGCGUCCAGCAGCGGUCACGGCCCUGCGAGGACAGGGAUGAAGAAGACCACCAUCACUCCAGCAGAUAAGAUGAAGAGCAACAGUCUGCCAACUAGACUCACACUGACAGCAAAGACAGCUCCGGGAAAGAUUGAGAAGGUUCGACCGGCGCCGCCCGUCUCGCCCUCGCCCUCGGAGGGGGCCCUGUCCGACGCCGGCAGCGAGGACUCCGGGGGAUCACGACCCAGGAACUACAUGCAGACGCUCAUGGAAGACUUUGAAUCCAACAAGGUGAAGAGGAGGGAGAAGGUAGAAGACAACAGUUAUGCCCAUUUGCUGCUGGCUAACGAGGUAACCACCGAGGUUCUGGAGGCCACUCGUGUCACCAGGAGGAAAAGCGACAUGGCGCUGAGGUGGGAAGCCGGCCUCUACGCCAAUGAGGAAGGAAAGGAGGAAGAAGAGGAGGAGGAGGAAGAGGAGGAGGAGGAGGAAUAAGAGUAAAACAGUUCCUUUUUAGAGACGGUGAAGGGACUUGGUCGGAAGGAGGAGAUAGAGGAGGAUGAAGGAAGAAAUGCAAACAGGAGGAGAAAGGACAAAGAAAGGAAGGAAACAGUAUUUAUUUUACUUAUAGUAUUCUGAUGAUCACGUGAAACGCCGGCUCGACCGAUGGCUCUCAUCGAGGAGAUCGAUUUUUGGACCUGACGACUGAAGAGGAGUUAAAAGACAAAGAAUAUGUGAGAGACACUUGAAGUGUUGCAGUGAGUGACACUUUGAAAGGGUUUAUGGUGGUUUAAGGACGUUCUGCAGAGGUUUAUAUGGGACAGAAGGUUUUUUACUGGCUGGUAGACGCUGAAUGACUUAAGUAUUCAUAGGACUUUUCACUUUCUAGUUGAAAUGCAGGCUGAGAUCUAAAGAUUUUAUUACGACAGGUCGCCUGAGACCUGAUGGGAAUGAUGGUUUUGGCGAUGUGAGCUUGAUGAUAAACCGCAGUGAUCUUUAGAAUGUGUGGGAAGAUGAUGCAGUAGAUGAGCGGGUGUGUGCUGAUACUGGUUUUGAUGGUUUGGAUGCUACUGCAGAGAGGAUGUGAUGUUUAACAGGAUUGUAACCCAAGCAUCACUUUCCGAAAUAACACACAGACAACACGUCGCUCUGAGCUUCCCCUUCAAGCACCUGCAUUAAAUCUCAAGUGGCGACUUUGAGGCUGCUGCACACUAGAGGACGAUCAGGGCGAUUUUAGACCCAAUUUGCUCUUUCCGACAAUCGCUUGAGGUCACUCUGUGAGGAUUAUCUGCUCAAAUAAUCCUGAAGUGUGAGGGGUUUACAAAACAUUCGUAAUUCCACCGGUUGAGUCUGAGUCUCGCUUAAAUCUGAAUCGAUUCGAGAUCAUGUUUGAUAUUUUACGAUAAUCAGCUCCUCAAGAAACCCUUAAUAGCGUGAGAGAGAGAGAGAGAGAGAGAGAGAGAAAAUUCUUUGUUUUUCUUCUGAAGUUAAGUAUAUUCACACGAGUGUUUCACACUCACGUUCAGGAGGGGGCGGUAAUGUGUUUAAAAGUUGCCAACUGCCAUAAAUGGACUGAAGAAGAAGAAGAUAUUGCGAGUUUCUGUGAGAUUUGAAGUCUGGAACGUUUUUAAAAUCAGUCAAGAGUUGAAAUCCUCUCGUGUGCAGCAGCCCUCGAGCGUCAGGGAGGAAACCUGCAGCUUCACCUUCGACCUGUCAGUUCAAGGUCGAACGCUUCACAGGUGUGAUGUAGUCUAUCCUCUCCUAUCCUUUUCUGUAGACUUUAAAGAGAAUACACAGCCCCAUAUAAACAAGUCACUAUUCUUCAGUGUGCAGGAGGAGACAGGCCGGGGGGGAAGGGAAGCUAGCUGCAGGUUAUGUUUGUGUCAGAAUGUGUUAAAUAAAGAAAGGGCUGGGUCCAGGGUUUUAUAUUCUUUACAUAAAAAAAACACUUAUUUUACCUUCACUGGCUCCGCCGCUCGGUCGAACCUGUGCUUUCUGAUGUGAGCAGUUUGUUUUCAUGUAUUAUACCGAGGUAGGACUGUGUAUUUGAUAAAUGAUCUAACUGAGGAUAAAGUUUGAUGAAACAAAUAUAUAUUGAGGAAAAAAAGCUUUUUAUAACAAAGUUGUGAUACCAAAAGCGAAUGUUGAUAUUCAGAGAGAUAUAUUGAUUUUGCAGGACGCCGUGAUUUUCUUGUUUUGUUGAAAUGGACGAAGAAGAGACUGAUGAUACUGUGGAAAGUCCCGUUGUAGAGAACGAUGUUUCUGUUUGAAAUGAAAUCACAAGAACACGCUGCAAACACAAUCGGUAAAUAAGUGAGGAUUGAAAGUAGAAAUGUGGAUGCAGUGUUUGUGAACCACUUUUCACUCUUUAUUUUGAAGCCAUCCAGAUUUUUUUUUAUACAGGAUUAUGAUAUUUUCUUUUCUGUAAAUCAAAGGGUUCAAGUUUUGAUCAAGUGUCCUUCAGCAAAGUCCCUGACUUCUCUGUCUGCUCCCCCUGAACAAAACCAUCCAAUAAAUAUCUGAAAUUCAAAGGAAAUUGAGGUAAAAUUGCACAAAAUGUAAAAAAAAUGUUUUGUAGGACAAAUUCUCUCACUUGAUGAUUAUGAAUCUGUAUUGUUUCGUAUUUAAAGGAAAAUUCCCAGUUGGCAAAUGAUGCCAAACGCGUGUGCCAGCUGCUUCACCACCCAGAAGUGAAAACUAGUGACUUCACUAAUGUGCAAACAUUUCCCCAUGAAACAAAAACUCACAUUGGUUCCAUAGAAUCGUCCUUGUUCUUGUUUUUAUAAACUUUUAAUAAUAUACAAAAGGGGAAAUAAGUAUUUAAUGAUAAACAAUGAGGGUGUUCUUUUUAUGAGAAUGUAAAGGAAAGUGUGUUAUCGAUAUCACAAGUACAACAAGGAAGUGCUGUAUUGCUGAUCCUGAUUUGAGAUUCAUUCUUAGCACAAGACUUAUUUGGGAUUUUCCAGACAUGACUCAAGCUAGCAGACAUCUUAUUUUUUUUAAAUGCAUAUUUUAGUCAUUGUGGCUCUUAAUGCUUUCCAAAGAGAAAUAGUGGAAAUGUGAGCUUUUAUUGCCAGGAUGAAUAAUGGAUCAUUCCUUGUGAUGAAUGAUUGUUUUCCUGUGGCCUAUUCUCAGCACAAUUUUUUUUUUUGUAUUAUUAACAGACACAAAAUCAUUUCUGCUUCAAAAAACCUGCUGCGAUUCUCACUAAACACUUUUGAAAAGGUAACAGACAUCCCAAACACCCAGAGGAUUCAUUACUGUGUGAUUUACUCUUCUUCUUCUUAUUAUUAUUAUUAUUAUUAUGCUUUUGUCGUUUGAAUUGACGGUGCAGAGGAGAUUUAUUUAUCAUUUGAAGACGCUGGUAGCUUAUUGUCGCACCGAGCUUCAGUGUGUGUGACAAGGCAAUCGAUCACGUAUUCGUGUAUAACCUCUGUCCCUAUGUUAACCACUUGUAUGCUCAUACUCUGCUUUGUUAUUUUAUAGCACGUGUAAGGCUCACAGUUAUACAUCUACUAUACAUAUUAUGAAUAUUUUCUCAUUAAAAACAAAACGUGUA